AAUACCGGAAGUAAAAGCUCCAGUGUUUUUCCCCCGUCUCUCUCACAGCGCGUUAUAUUCUCGAGCGCGUCGCGAGGACAUGGAAGAUGGCGAGCGCGGAGACAGCGGCAGAGCACGAGCGGAUCCUGCGCGAGAUUGAGAGCACAGACACUAACUGUAUCGGGCCCACACUCCGGUCUGUUUACGAUGGGCAGGAGCAUGGACUCUUCAUGGAGAAACUGGAGGGGCGGAUCCGUAACCACGACCGCGAAAUUGAGAAGAUGUGCAACCAUCACUUCCAGGGCUUUGUGGACUCCAUUACUGAACUGCUCAAAGUGCGUGGAGAAGCCCAGAAACUCAAGGGUCAGGUGACUGAGACCAAUCAGAAGCUCCAAAGCAAUGGCAAAGAGCUCCUGACGACAAUGGAUGAACUGAGACAAUGCCGUCUGCAACAGAGAAAUAUUGCCACCACCAUUGACAAACUCACACACUGCUUACCAGUGUUGGAGAUGUACAGCAAACUACAAGAACAGAUGAGAUCCAAAAGAUACUACCCGGCCCUACGAACCUUGGAGCAGCUGGAGGAGAGCUGUUUGCCUCAAGCGGGAUCGUAUCGAUUCUGCAGCAUCAUGGCAGAGAACAUAUCACGUCUGCGCACACACAUCAGAGACGUCUCCAUGUCUGACCUCAAAGACUUCCUGGAGAGCAUCCGCAAGCAUUCGGAUAAGAUCGGAGAGACUGCCAUGAAACAGGCGCAGGUGCAGAUCGCACGUGACAACGCAGUGACAUCACAGCAGCACUCAGCGGGUGGACGGAGAAUACGAAACGAAGCGUGUCUGGACAGAACUGGCAGCAACCCCUUCACAGAACAGGAUUCUGGGAUACUAGAUGUGGAGGAUGAAGAGGCGGAUGAGGUUUCAGGUGCACAGGAUUUGGUGGAUUUCUCACCUGUGUAUCGCUGUUUACACAUCUACAGUGUAUUGGGUGCCAGGGACACGUUUGAAAACUACUACAGGAAGCAGAGACGGAAACAGGCCCGACUAGUACUGCAGCCCCACUCGAACAUGCAUGAAACAUUAGAGGGGUACAGGCGCUACUUCAAUCAAAUUGUCGGUUUCUUUGUAGUGGAGGACCAUAUUUUGCACACCACACAGGGUCUGGUUAACAGGGCUUACGUGGAGGAAUUGUGGGAGCUGGCCCUGUCCAAGACCAUUGCAGCCUUGCGCACCCAUUCAUCCUAUUGUACUGACCCAGACCUGAUUCUGGAUUUGAAGAACCUCAUAGUGCUUUUUGCAGACACGCUGCAGGGUUAUGGUUUCCCAGUAAACCAGUUGUUUGACAUGUUGCUGGAGAUGAGAGAUCAGUAUGGGGAGAUCCUGCUAAAGAAGUGGAAUCAGUCUUUUAGGCAAAUCUUGGAUCAAGACAACUAUAGCCCCAUACCUGUGGCGACCCCAGAGGAGUACCAGCGAAUCACAGGCCAAUUCCCCUUCCAGGAUCCCGAACUUGACAACAUGCCUUUGCCGAAGAAGCUGCCAUUUUCUGAAUUUGUGCCUAAAGUAUAUUCACAGCUCAAAGAAUUCAUCUAUGCCUGCUUGAAAUACUCAGAGGACUUGCACCUUAGCUCGACAGAAAUUGAUGACAUGAUCCGUAAAUCUACAAACCUGCUGCUCACACGAACCCUCAGUCACUGUCUACAGUAUGCCACAAAGAAGAAGAACGUAGGACUGGCGGAGUUGGUUCAGAUCAUCAUCAACACCACUCACCUGGAGCAGUCCUGUCACUACCUAGAGGAGUUCAUCUCCAACAUAACAAACGUGCCACCUGACACCAUUAAUGCCACCAAACUCUAUGGAACUUCCACCUUCAAGGAUGCAAGGCAUGCCGCUGAAGAAGAGAUCUACACCAACCUGAAUCAAAAGAUUGACCAGUUUCUACAACUGGCGGAUUAUGAUUGGACGGCUGCACAGGGAGGCGGGCAGGCCAGUGACUAUCUGAGUGACCUCAUCGCUUUUCUCUGCAGCACUUUUGCCGUGUUCACACACCUACCUGGUAAUGCUAUAGAGCACGCCACGCUACCGGGCAAAGUGGCUCAGACUGCAUGCAUGUCUGCCUGUAAACAUCUGUCCACCUCCCUGCUACAGCUGCUGUUGGAGUCUGAUGUCAGGCAGGUGUCUAUGGGAGCCUUGCAACAGUUUAAUGUGGAUGUCAAAGAGUGCGAGAGGUUUGCCAGGGCCGGCCCGGUGCCUGGCUUCCAGGGGGACACUCUGCUGCUCGCCUUCAUCGACUUGAGACAAUUACUGGAUCUCUUCACUCAGUGGGACUGGUCCACGUAUCUGGCUGACUACGGCAGACCCACCUGCAAGUACCUGAGAGUGAAUCCGCACACGGCACUGGCCCUCCUGGAGAAGAUGAAGGACACCAGUCGUAAGAACAACAUGUUUGCACAGUUCCGUAAAAACGAGCGGGACAAGCAGAAGCUUAUAGACACUGUCGUCAAACAGCUGAGAAAUCUCAUCGCCAGCAACCAGGCUUGAAAAGGCCAAUGCACCUGCAGACAAUCCCACAGCCCGAUGAGCUACCACUACCAGAACACAUGGACAUGCAUACAAUAAAAAUGACUUGUCCCUUAUGAUGCAAGCAUGCACCUCCCGAAGGUGCAGUCAAGUCUGCCAACCUGUGCCUGUGUGGUAUGGUGUCUGUUUCCAGCUUGAAGUCUUCCUCUAUGACUACAUAGAUUAAAUAUAUUUGUCUCUGUAGAACAGGCAUGUGGUUGCCUUUAAUAGGACUUUUAUUUUGUCCCAAAUUUCCUCCGCAGUAGAAACGUAUUGUCUUUUUAUUUAAUUUGACAGCUACCGUUACUCUAUGUGGUGAAUAUUGGAUUCCAUAAAUCACUAACAACAGUUGCUUUUAUAGUCACUCACAGAUCAAAUGUAAUAAUAUCUGUGAGAAUAUAAAUCAGUAUUCUCACAAAUGGGUCAAGUAGGCGUGUUGAUCAACAUCAGGCUUCUCAACACCAGUGAGUCUAGUUUGUGUUAGUGCUCGAAGUAAUUGAAUACUAGACCAAUGCAACCACUCUUGUUUAGCUCUAGUCUGUUACAUCCAAGAUGUAUUAAUCCCUGGAUACAUGUGCCGCUUGCAGACUAUCAGUUGAGUGGCAGUUUUGGAGGUAUGGUUAGUUUACAUGGAUUUAGAUGUUUUCUGAUUGGAUUUCUAAUAAUCAGAAGAGAGGCCUACAGUAUGUAUCUCAUAAUCAGUAUAUUUAAAUAUGUUAAACACCAUUCAGUGCAAGAACUGACUGAUGCUGGCUCAGGUGGGGUACUGUAAUGUUACUGCUACCUGCCUUUAAAAUGAUACUGAUAAACAAAAUAAAAACACAAGCGAGUUUGUUUGUGUUCAACAUAUAAGUGCUUUUACUAUUUAAACAGUGUCUUCCCAUACCAUUGAUGUUUUUUCUGCCUGGAAUAUGGGUGCAAUAUGUUAAACGUAUUUCUUUUCAAAUGAAUCUGAGGGUUUUAGGUGGCAAAGACAGGAGUUUUUUCAUCAUUUUUGUUUUUAUUGGCACAAAAUAUGUGUGUGUCCUUAAAAAAGAUGCAAAAUCAUUAAAAUAAUAAGGGAACUCGUAUUUGUGGACACAACAUGCAUAAUGCAUUUUCUAUAUUUUGUGAGGAUUUUUGCCUGGUUUGUACUCUCACCAAGUGUCUUUUCUUUGUGCGUUCAGCUCUUCCUUUCUGUGCCUUGACUAAUUUCAUGCCAAUAAUUGACUGUGGUGGGUUCCGCACAACACCUGCACUUGGGUAUAUGAAUAAUGGACGGUGUUGGUGUGUUAAGAUUGAAAGCACAAGAACAUGCAGCAUUAGCAGACUGCUGUGAUUGAAGAGAACAAUGUUGAUGUUAUGCUUUUUACGGAGAGAUAAUGUACAUUGUACAGAUUAUACUAAACCACUAAUGAAUAUUACAAUACUAAUAAAUAAUGGCAACAGAUAUAUAAUAAACCAAUGAAAAAUGU